AUGUACAGCUUCAACACUCUGCGAUUCUACCUUUGGGAAACCAUUGUAUUCUUCAGCCUUGCUGCUUCCAAGGAGGCUGAUGCUGCCCGCUCUGCACCCAAGCCUAUGUCGCCCUCAGACUUCCUGGAUAAGCUCAUGGGGAGGACUUCUGGGUAUGACGCCAGGAUCAGGCCCAACUUUAAAGGUCCCCCUGUGAACGUGAGUUGCAACAUCUUCAUCAACAGCUUCGGCUCCAUUGCUGAGACAACCAUGGACUACAGAGUCAACAUCUUCCUGAGGCAGCAGUGGAAUGACCCCCGUCUGGCCUACAACGAAUACCCUGACGACUCUCUGGACCUUGACCCGUCCAUGUUGGAUUCCAUCUGGAAGCCUGACCUGUUCUUUGCCAAUGAGAAGGGAGCCCACUUCCAUGAGAUCACCACUGACAACAAACUGCUGAGAAUCUCCCGGAAUGGCAAUGUCCUCUACAGCAUCAGGAUCACCCUGACGCUGGCCUGCCCCAUGGACCUGAAGAACUUCCCGAUGGAUGUACAGACAUGUAUCAUGCAACUGGAAAGCUUUGGAUACACCAUGAAUGACCUCAUCUUUGAGUGGCAGGAACAGGGAGCCGUGCAGGUGGCGGAUGGACUGACCCUGCCUCAGUUUAUCCUGAAAGAGGAGAAGGACCUGAGAUACUGCACCAAGCAUUAUAACACAGGUAAAUUCACCUGCAUUGAGGCCCGAUUCCACCUGGAGCGGCAGAUGGGCUACUACCUGAUCCAGAUGUACAUUCCCAGUCUGCUCAUUGUCAUCCUGUCCUGGAUCUCCUUCUGGAUCAACAUGGAUGCUGCACCAGCUCGUGUGGGACUGGGCAUCACCACUGUACUCACCAUGACCACACAGAGUUCUGGCUCCCGAGCCUCCCUACCCAAGGUGUCCUAUGUGAAAGCCAUUGACAUUUGGAUGGCUGUGUGCCUGCUCUUCGUGUUCUCGGCUCUGCUGGAAUAUGCGGCCGUGAACUUCGUGUCUCGGCAACACAAGGAGCUGCUGCGAUUUAGGAGGAAGCGGCGACAUCACAAGAGCCCCAUGCUGAAUCUGUUUCAGGAUGAUGAGGGUGGAGAAGGCCGCUUCAACUUCUCCGCCUAUGGGAUGGGGCCAGCCUGUCUGCAGGCCAAGGAUGGCAUCUCUGUCAAGGGUGCCAACAACAACAACACCACCAACCCCCCUCCUGCACCGUCCAAGUCCCCGGAGGAGAUGCGGAAACUCUUCAUCCAGAGAGCCAAGAAGAUCGACAAGAUAUCGCGAAUUGGGUUCCCCAUGGCCUUCCUCAUCUUCAACAUGUUCUACUGGAUCAUCUACAAGAUCGUCCGAAGGGAGGAUGUCCACAACAAGUGA